AAGAUAUUGAAGCAGCAAUAUCUACAGAGUCACACGUAUCUCCUGCUGAAGAAUAAGUCGUCCAUACCGAAUUACCCAGCGUUGCCUGACCCUUCGACCACCCGAAAUCAAGUCACCGCCAAGCUGCCCCACCGAAGCUGCUCGACAAGUUGCAUCGAGGGAAAGCCAAAGCGAAAGAGGGGCAGGCAUCAUAUCAAUUUCACCGUAUCAAGGUUUUGAAUCCCUGGUUGAACGAAGGCCGGGCAGGACAAGGAUAUCUCGGGAGCUUUCAUCGAGACGUUAAUCACAAAAUCAACGUGCCGACCGAUCAAUCCCAGCCAUGGCUCCUCCGGUCCCCAAACCCCUUGCGAUCACAGACGUCCUCCCACUCCCUAACUCAUCGGUGAAAAUACCUCGCCUGGGCUUCGGCGUCUACAAGUCUCCAAAACACUUAUGCGAGAAAUCCUGCAUCACCGCUCUCCAAGUCGGAUACCGCCACAUUGACACUGCUCAAUUCUAUGGGAAUGAGGCGGAGGUCGGGAACGCGAUUCGCGACUCUGGGCUGGAUAGGAAAGACAUUUUCGUAACUACAAAGAUAAUAUCAACGGCAGGAUCUCCAGAGGCAACGUAUGAGAAAGUACUGGACAGUGUACGAAAGAUUGGUGGAAACGACGGAUAUGUCGACUUGUUUCUGAUCCAUUCAGCAAGCGCGGGGCCGGCUGGUAGAAAAGAAAUGUGGCUUGCUCUUGAAAGGUUACUGGAAGAAGGAAAAACAAGAAGCGUUGGCGUGAGUAACUAUGGCGUGAAGCACAUCGAGGAAAUGAAGGCCUAUGCGAAAACAUGGCCGCCGCAUGUCAAUCAAAUAGAGCUUCAUCCGUGGUGCCAACAAAAGACCAUCGAUGCCUAUUGCAAACAGCAUGGAAUUGUUGUCCAAGCGUACUCGCCGCUGGUCCGGAACUAUAAAGCCAAUGAACCAACCCUAGUAGCAUUAGCCCAGAAAUAUGGAAAGACCACGGCCCAGAUUCUCUUGAGAUAUGCGUUGCAGAAGGGAUGGGUUCCCCUUCCCAAGAGCGAUAAUCCAGAGAAUAUCAAAAGUAACGCUGAUUUGUAUGACUUUGCGCUCGCCGAGGAGGAUAUGGCAACCCUCAACGGCCUGGACCAGGGUGCGGAUGGUGCAAUUGUUCAAGCCGUUGAAAACAAGUAAAAAAUACAUUCUAUAUUUUGAUUGGUUAUAGACGCUUUAAUCUUUAAUUUUAUGAAAGCUGGAUCUUAGUUUCUGG